AGUGAAUGGUCUCUACUCUGUUGUCUGCUUAAGGAGGGCGAUGAGCCCCCUCCUCUCCCCGUCACUCUCCUAGCUAGCUAAAACACACGACCGCAGUCCCGGGUAUAUUUUGAUAUGGCGGCUCUCGCUUCAUAAAUGCUCUCAGAUUGACGUCGUUGCUGCCUUUACGCUUUGCAUGAGCGGGAGGGGCGACCCGCUAGACGGAUCUUUCCCGGGGUUUCGGACUUGGGUUUCGGACUUGGGCCUGUCUCUGGUACUGAGCUAAAAGACUCGUUCUGGGUCCCAGCCCAGACACAGAGAGAAGCCUACGGAGCAUUCAGAGUGAGGGAGAGAGACCAACAGCGGAGGGAUGCCGCCGGUGUCGGAGGAAGAAACUGAGCUGGUGCAGGACGGCUCUGGAAAACUCACCCGUUCAGACUGCUUGUGUCCCAUCUGCCUGGAGAUCUUCCUGGAGCCUGUCACUCUCCCAUGUGCUCACACCUUUUGCAAACCUUGCUUUCUGGAAACAGUGGAUAAGGCCAAUUUGUGCUGUCCUCUGUGUCGAAAGCGGGUGUCCACUUGGGCCAGGCUUAAUGGCAGGAACAAGACACUGGUCAACUUGGAGCUGUGGAAACGUAUCCAGGAUGCCUUUCCUACACAGUGUCAGCGGAGAUUAAAUGGAAUCGAUGAUGAGGAGGAAAUUCACAGUCUGAUGCCAAAACCCAGGGUUAGUCAACCAGGAGAGCUCAGGCAAGAGUAUGAGGACCAGAUUAGCAAGCUUGUAGAAGAGAAACGAGCCUUGGAGGAGGCAGAGAGGAGGGCCAGUGAGGAGUACAUCCAGCGGCUUCUGGCUGAGGAAGAGGAGCGAAUUACAGAGGAGAGGAGGAAGCAAGAAAAGAGGCAGCUUGAGGAGGAUGAGAAAUUGGCCAGGAUGCUUAGCCAAGAGCUGAACUCAACGUCUGUUUUGGAAUCCCAUGUAAAUGUCAAAGUUAAUGAUGCUGCUACAGCCAAGAAAAAGAAGCCUAGUGUUGGACACAUUGAGAAGUUUCUAUGCCCAGUGCCUUGGAGAGACGCAAACACUGAAACCAGCCCAACUGCCAAGCUUUUGGCCAAUAAGGAAAACAUUUUGAACACCACACUACCAUGCUGGCCUGACACGGUUGAGCCUACCAGCCUUGAAAUGCCUAUUUUGGACUACUAUGGAAAACCCUCUACCUCAAACUCAGACCCAGAUGCUUCUGAACAGCUCUCUGGCAAUACUAGCAGAACAGACUUGUCCUCCAAGAGGAAGAUGUCAGACACUGAGCAGGCUGAUGAAACAGACUUCUGCAAGAGGCCAUGUGGCUCGAUAUGGCCUGAAUCGCCACCACGAGAGGAUCUCCUGCAGGAGAUGGCCCUUCAAGAGGAAGCUUUGCGAAUCCGUUGGCAACAAGAAGAGGAGGACAGACGACUGGCUCAGAGGCUACAGAGGGAGCUGGAUCGGGAGAGCGCCUUGGACCGCAGGAAGGGUUCUGCAGACGGUUAUCUACUGAGGCAGAAAAGCAGUCCUUCCACCAGCACAAGUCCAGGCGAGGAGAACAAUGACAGGGAUUCCUUAAGGACUAAGGCAGAUAAAGUUGGGAAGAGACUGUCCAGAGUCAGUACACAGCAUGAAGGGAAAACCCCUCUGAAAAGCCCCAUCGCUACGCAGGGGUCACCUUCCACAGUCUCCCCAGUGCAGAGGAGCACUAAGCAGACCACCCUCACUGAAAUGUUUCCUAACAUGAGUAGCUGAUUGUUAACGGUCAUUCAGCUAAUUGUUUCAAACUUUCAGGGUUUUUACUUUGAACAAAAUUAAAUACGCAUCUAGCCUUCAGUACAAAUCUUCAGACUGUUGUUGUAAGUCUUUAGAUUUUGCGUCUCAUUCACCGACUUACAAAAUAGUAGUUUUGGGAGAGAUUUUGGAAAAGGGCUGCGUGGAGUAACAUGUUAACAGCCUUCAGUUUGACUAGUGCAUUUCAGUCAUGUAUGGUUUAGAGGUUGAGUGGUUGAUUUGUGUUAAUUGAUGAAAAAAGUUAUUUUUAUGCAUGUUCAUAAUUUCUGGAAGGCAUCUACAGUUACUUAAUUUUCUUAAUGAAUAAAUUUUGUCAAAAAAAAUGUAUUUAGUGUAUUUUAAUGUCCGUUUACAGUCUGCAACCAUUGGUGACAAUUUUAACACUUUUUACAAUAAAACAGCAAUAUACAGGGAUUCCUAUUUCCAUGUAUGAAUACAUGAAAAGUUAGCUUUUGGCAAUGUUGGCCAUUCUUGGCUAUUUUGAGUGGCGUAAACACAGGCAAAAAUGGUAGAACAGAGCACAAAGAGCAUUUGGCUUGUCAGAACAGUUCUAUCUCUAGAACAUUUCGUACUUCUGCUUCUUACUGUUUAAAAUAAACAUUACGUCAUUCAUGAAGCUGAAGCUGGCUUUUAUUCAUAUCUCCAUGCCACUUUUUAAUGUUGGAAUGAAACGCUGCGCCUCAUUCACUAAUAUCCUCCCAAGUUUUUUUUUUUCUUGGAUUUAUUCUUGAGAAAGGUCCUAAGAAAAAGUCUACAUCAGGUUCAUAACGUGUUCUUUAAACCACAAGACUUUGAACCUUCGUGCUCUCAAUUCAGUGUAGAUUCUGUUCUUAUUCAUCAACAAAUCCCAAAUAACACUUGUGAAUGUCACAAUGUCACAAACUGUGAACGUGCAUACAUGGGUUUCGUCUUUCACUUUAAAAUCACAAAUUCUGGUGAAGAUGCCUUCAGACUCGCAUACAGCAGGUUGUUUUUUAAUAGAUGUAAGAUACAGUCCAGUUACUGUAUGUACUGUUGUGCAGUAUUUGGGCAAGUUUUUCAAGUAUUUUUAUUUUUUUAAGUUUUUAGUAUUUUGGUCUGCUGAAAUUAUCUCUGACAUAUAAGCACUUCUGGCAGUAAAUAUUGUACAGUUCCCUGUGCAAUUAGGAAGUUCUCUCCCAUGUUUCCUUUUAUGGCACUAGUUUCCAGUUUUCUAGGUGCUGGUCAGAACACUUGUGACCUUGUAACUCAUAUAAAAUGACUAAUAGUUCUUUUUACAGCACUAUUCUAAUAAACAUGUGACUGAAA